AUGGGUAAAUCUCGAGAAGCGAAGAAACCUCUGAUACCGCAAAACCUUGACGAUAUUGUCGUUUUGGGAAGAUACACUCUGUUGGUCUGCCUUCUGACAGAGUUCGCCUUCCUUUCACAACUUUCCAAUACAAUGUACAUGGUUUACGCAGGUUCGUCACCAGCAAUCAAAGGAUGCGGGAACAUAACAUUUGCAAGCAUGGAUGACGCUUGCGCCAAUCUCCAUUCAUGCGAAGAUGCUCCAUUGGAACUGGAAAGCCAGUUCUAUUCCGUAAACGAAGAGUGGGGGAUCCACUGCGAGAACAGAUAUUUGGAACGAAGGAGCACUUCGCUUCAAAUGCUUGGCGUUAUGAUAGGAUCUCUGACAUCAGGCCAAAUCAGUUCAUCAUUUGGAAGAAAGAAGCCACUGGUGAUUUGCUUAGCUAUGACGGGUGUACUGAGCUUAGCCACGUAUUUCGUCACCAAUCUUAUCCAGUUCACAGCAAUUCGCUUUGUACUGGGACUCUUCACGGGGGGUCACUCAACGUAAGU